AUGCCUACCGUGCUACGGAGUACCUUGGGUGGGAACUGGAAAAGCAGGAAGUCACUCUGGGAUGUCCCUCCGAAAUCGUCUGAACCGGGCAAGAAGUGUCAAGACAGGGAAGGUGGGAAAAUCUCUUCACAUGGAUUCCCACCCGCCCGCCUGCCGAAACUCGCCCGCAGCAUUCACCAGGCACCUUAG